UCUCUCUCUCUCUCUCUCUCUCUCUCUCUCUCUAUCUCUAUCGUGUGUGUUUCCUGUGGACACUCAAAAGCUCUGGCCAAGUUUAAUAAUUAGAAUUAUUUCAAGAAGGUGAUGAUAUACUGGUAUUCCUUCUCUUCUUUAUUCUUUGUUUUCUCAGGAGUAUAUGACCAGAAGCUCAGAGGAAGUUGUCAUCUCUCUUGUGUCUCUUAGUCAUCUCUCUCUCUCUCUCUCAUCUCUGCCUACCUUCUCUCUUUCUUCAGCCAUUAACUCCUCUUAAUGAUGGCUUCCUCUCGUGAUCCGUGGCCUCCCACACCGAGUGUUUGCGUUAAUCCUAGACAGUCCCAACGACAUUUAGGGGACCCCGUGUAACGGAGCGACGCAAAGGGGAGAGCUUUGGAGAGAGGACGCAGUGAAGACUGGGAGAGAAGUAGAAAGGCAGGGCUUCGGAAGGGUUUUAGAGGAGGCCAAGAUGGGAUUUUGGGAGAAGAUAGACUAUUAGAUGACUUCCAGGCCCAGCGACCAGUGUGAGUCUCCUUUCUCUUUGAGAAGACGCGUGAUAUAAAACAGAAAGAACGGUCCUCCUGUUUUUCCUCCUUCCUCUUAGUUACUCUACCAUACAAGAAAUAUUUAUAGUUGCUGAAAAGAAUUAAACCAUUUGAAGAAAGGAAGAGGAGGAGAAAGAGAGAUGGGGAACUGCGGAAGGAAUGGAGCUGUGAGGCAGUACAUCAGAUCCAAGGUGCCUCGCUUGAGAUGGACCCCUGACCUUCACCACUGCUUUGUUCAUGCCAUAGAGAAGCUUGGAGGACAGGAAAAGGCUACACCUAAGCUUGUCCUUCAGAUGAUGGAUGUUAGAGGACUCACCAUAUCCCAUGUUAAAAGCCAUCUCCAGAUGUACAGAGGCAUGAGAAAUGACAUGGGCAGGCAAGAGUUGCAAGCAAGACAGCACUCAUGUGAAACCAAUGAUGGUGGUGCUGAUGAGCAAGAUGAUUAUGACUCCUGCCCUUCUUCAAAGCCCACCAAGGAGUUCCAGUCCCAGUUAACGGCUCGAAUGGAGACACAAGCCAAUUCCAAAAGCUUGCAAUGCAGCAAAGGAAUGGGAGAGAGAGUCACCUCCCCGUAUUGCUUUGAUGUUUACAUGCAAGCCAUGGCUGUGGGGAGGGGAAUAAAGGAGGAGGGCUUCAGGUGGCAGAAAGAUGCUCUGCACACUGGCUUAUUGGCAGAUCAUCACCCUUCCAAGCUCAAAGUGUCAGGACAUAUGGUGGAAGAAUCUGGCACUCUAAAGACCAGCAUACCAAGCGAUAAGAUUCUUAUCUCCGCAAAGAAGCUCAAGUCUGACAGGAGCUAUGAGAAUGAAUGUCAAUCCUAUAGUUCCCUACCAUUUAACGAGCUUUCGGAGGAGAGAGAGGAGGUCAAUGAUUGGUCACUAUCACUAUCCUUGUCAUUGCACCCAAAACAAAGGAGUAAUAAGCCCUCAGCAAGUGAAAGCAGUGGAGUGAUCUCUUCAUCUUCGAGGAGAAACUUCGGUGACUGUUCAGGUUACUCUGGAAGUCCCAGAAUCAAUUUGGAUCUCUCCAUGUCUAUCUGUGGUUCUUAGCCUAAACCUUUUCCCUUUUCUUUCUUUUUGUUCUUUUUUCUGGUAGUGGGUUGGAGGGAAUCGAGCCAUAGCCAUUGUUUCUUUUUUGCUGCCAUUGGCAUCUUAUCAUCUUACACCUCCACGAUACUUCCUAUGUACUUAGUAUAAUAGAUACAUUAGCAGGACCUGCUAGUGUAGUCUUUAAAAGUAGAAUACUUUCCGGACUCA